UAACCUUGCACUUUGGAACCUAUUGCUUAUGUUCUGCCACACUCUCAUGGCUCUUUUUUUUUUUUUGUUCCCACCAGAGAAGCUAGAAGAAAAGGAAAAGAAAACCCAAAUACCAAUAGUGUUUUUUGACAUUGGUUUAUUUUGAUAAAUACUUAGAUUAGAUACCUUUCUCCCAUUGUAAGGCUUUUUUCUUUCUAAAACUACAGCCUUUGGUAAGUUUCAAACACUCAACCUUUGGUAAAUUUCUUCCCUUUAUUGAUAAUGUAAUGUUUUUUUAUGUUAGUGCAAAGGAAAUGUUUUGCUUUGAACAUUUUUUGUUAGGCUGAAAUUUUGGGGGUUUGGGGUUUUGAAGUUAUGGUCUUUGAGUGCAGAUAUAUGAUCUGUGGGAUGUUAGAAAGCAAAGAAAAGAGUUGGGUUUUGGAACAUAACCAUUUGAAGAUGUCUUGGUUUCAUCAUUAUCAUCAAAUCAAGCAAAAAGAUGGCUACUUUCAAUACCCAUCUCCUCUUCCUCCACCCCCUUAUACUCCUACUGGUUUUCAUAAAGAUUCAAGCCCUUCACCACCAUCAUCAUCAUCUGGUUCUAGAAUCAGUCCAGCACUUCUUUUCAUUAUAGUAAUCUUGGCUGUCUUGUUUUUCAUCUCUGGUCUUUUACAUCUACUUGUUAGAUUCCUUACAAAACAUCCACCUUCAUCCACAUCUUCACAAUCUAAUAGAUACCCUGAAAUCUCCACUUCUGAUGCUCUCCAAAGACAGCUUCAACAACUCUUUCACCUCCAUGAUUCUGGGUUAGAUCAAGCUUUCAUUGAUGCUUUACCUGUUUUCCACUACAAAGAAAUUGUUGGUUUGAAAGAGCCUUUUGAUUGUGCUGUUUGUUUGUGUGAAUUUUCAGAGAAAGAUAAGCUUAGAUUGCUUCCCAUGUGUAGCCAUGCUUUCCAUAUCAAUUGUAUUGACACUUGGCUUUUGUCAAACUCAACAUGCCCUCUUUGUAGGGGCACACUUUUCACUCCUGGGUUUUCAAUGGAGAACCCAAUGUUUGAAUUUGAUGAGAUAAGGGAAGAUGAAGGACUCCAUGGUCAAAAAACAAUGGAAAUAGAAGAAAUUGUUGUUGACAAAGGGGUGUUGCCUGUGAGACUAGGCAAAUUCAAGAGGCUAGAUGGUCAACCAAGGGAAUCAUUAGGUGAAACAAGUAGCAGCAAUUUGGAUGCAAGAAGGUGUUUUUCAAUGGGUUCAUAUCAGUAUGUGCUUGGUGCUUCAGAUCUUAGGGUCACCCUCUGUUAUGAUAAACGCCAUGGAUGUGAUUUUAAGCCAUUAGUAGAAGGGAAAAAGAUUAGCAGUGCAAGUAAAGGAGAGAGCUUUUCAGUUUCUAAGAUAUGGCUUUGGUCUAAGAAAGGCAAAUUGUCAACUUCUUCUUCAGAUGAACAAAUGGGUAUGCCUUCUUCUCUUAGUACAGAACUACCACCAUGGUUGGUGAAAACACAAGAAAAAUGAAAUGUAAUUUCUCUUAAUAGUAUCUGGUUUUAGACAUUGUUUAAUUAGAUCAUGCUUGUUAUAUGUGCUUUUGCUUAGCUCCUCUGAAAUUUUUUGAUGUGCUAAUUCUAAUAUCAUGAUUAGUUUACAAUGAUGAUUUGCUCUUUGUAACUUGAAUGGAAUGACGGGAUAGAAUUCAUGAACGUAAUCCCAUGUUACUCUAA